GCCUUCGUCAGUCCGCGAGUUCAAUCCUACAUUAUUUUAACGCGCAGUCUUAAGCGGACAUCCGAAGAGGACACACGUAUUUAUUAUUGUAUUGUUUUUUUAUUGUUCAGAGUACAAUAACUUUUAGUGCAUUCGGCAGUUUCGUAAAAAGUGCGGGACGGAAAUAUUAUUUGAAAAAUGAAUCACUCGUUGGAAGAAUCACCUCUGAUUCAGACGAACUUGACCAAAGAGAAGAUGGAGAAGUGGGUGGAAGCCCAGGUCAAGGGGGAGAAGAUAGAGAUUGACGUGUACGGGAAGCCGUCAGAGCAGCAACUGAAGGACUUGGAGAACAUCAGGAAUUUAAGCAAGGAGCUACAGGAUAAUUUACAUGAACUAGAAAACUCAGUUCGCAUUGCCGACGUGGAAAACCAGGCUAUGAACCCCACAGCACCAAUCCUGGACUAUUCGGAAGACCACGAGUUUGUAUCAGCCAACCAGCUGGACAACUGCUACGGUGAAGAAGACAAGAUUGACGCCAGGGAGGAGGAGAAGCGACGAUUGACGAAGGGUAAAGGAGCUAAGACUGAAAUCCAGAAAUUUUACAAGGAUCAGUGUGUGUUUUUGACGGGAGGCACUGGGUUUCUGGGGAAAGUGUGUAUAGAAAAGCUGCUCAGAUCAUGCUGCGAUAUUGACACGAUUUACGUUCUGGUGAGAAGCAAGAAAGGGAAGGACGCCAGGGCGCGUCUACACGAACUUCUUGAUGAUUUUCUUUUCCACCGUGCUCACGAGGAGAACCCUAAAGGUAUCCACAAAGUGGUCCCGAUCGUUGGAGAUAUGGAACUGCCUGGAUUAGGGAUCAGCAAUGAAGACAGAAAAACCCUUAUUAGCAAGGUAUCAAUAAUAAUUAAUGCAGCAGCUACAGUGAAGUUUGAUGAGAAGCUGUCCAUAUCGACCGGGAUCAACGUUAAGGGGACCAAGGAAGUGCUGCGAUUGGCCAAAGAGUGCAAGAACUUAAGAGCAAUCACCCACGUGUCGACUGCGUUCUCUAACACACACGUGCCUUAUAUAGAGGAGAAAUUCUACGAACCUCCACUAACUGUGGAAGCCUUAGAGGCGGUGUCAGAGUUGGAUGAAUCGCUUAUUGAAGAAAUUUUACCCAAACUGCUAGGCAAGCGUCCCAACACGUAUUGUUUUACGAAGGCGGUCGCUGAGGAGGCUGUGAGGAAAUACGGAGAAGGUCUACCUAUAUGCAUCGUCAGGCCAUCGAUAGUGGUGUCGACAUACGAAGAGCCCGUUAGGGGUUGGACAGACAGCGUUUAUGGGCCGACGGGCAUCGUCAUUGGAAUCGGAACGGGGGUUCUUCGAACAAUGUACAUGAAUCUAGACAAAGUAGCCGACAUGGUGCCUGUGGAUAUGUGCGUCAACGCCAUCUUAGCUUCAGCGUGGCACACCGCUAAAAACUUCAAGGAAAACCAAACUUCGCACAUACCUAUCUACAACUACGUAUCUGGUGCUCAGAACCCAAUCAAAUGGGGGGAUUUUAUUGAGAUCAACAGGAAAAAUGGUAUCAACAAACCCACUACUAAGGCGGUCUGGUAUUAUGGACUAAAUCCUACAAACAAUUAUUACAUGUUCCUAUUCUACAAUUUCUUCCUGCAUUACCUGCCCGCUCUGUUCAUAGACUCUUAUUGCGCACUCACUGGAAGACGGCAGGCGAUGCUGUCACUGUAUACUAAAGUGAUGAAGCUAACGAACAUCCUCUUCUACUUCUCGACGCAAGACUGGCGGUUUUCUGAUAGAGGAGUCAGGGGGAUGUGGUCGUCACUUUCGGAGCAGGACCGUGCUGUCUUUCCCUUCAAUAUUGGAGAUAUGUCUUGGGAUUACAUGUGUGAAACGUUCUUAUUGGGUUUGAGGGUGUAUUUAUUGAAGGACAACCUGAAUACCUUACCGGAAGCCAGAAGAAAAUGGAACAGACUCUUCAUUCUUCAUCAGAUCCUGAAACUGGUUACAUUCUCCCUGGUCGCCUACUUAGGUUACUUAUUACUCAAAACCUUAACAACUUUAAUACUGGGAUGAGAAUAUUUGUAAAUGAAACAUAGAAUAAGCAGAAUAGAAUAAGAUUUUAGGCACAUUUAACUUCUCUCGUGUGGGUUGUGAUUGCAAGUUCAAUGACCAACCUCAUCAACCCUGGUGUCAGGUUACUAUUGAACCCCUGACAUGGCUCGUGUAACGACUACUUACUUAAGUACUAAAUAGUAGCCGAGAUCGACUGCUUAAUGUGCCCUGGGACAUCUUACUUUUGGACAAUCGGGUGAUCAGCCUGCAAUG